AUGAUCGAGCUCGGUCUGCAGCGCAUCUCCAAGCUGCUCAGUGAUACUCCAUUGCCAUGGCGCGCAAUCCACGUCGCCGGCACGAAUGGCAAAGGCUCGGUAUGCUCCUACAUUUCCGAGAUGCUGAAUGCAUACAAUCGAUCCGGCCAUCGCAAGCACAGAAAGCAAGACUGCAUCCGCCAUGGCCGUUUUACCAGCCCUCACCUUAUCGACAGGUGGGACUGCAUCCAGAUGAACGUUGCUGACCAGAUGCAAGUCAUCCCCACCAGUGUCUUUUUGGCAACGGAGAAAGCGGUGCGGCACAGAAAUCAUAGGGAGAACAUCAAUGCGUCUGAAUUUGAGCUCCUCACUGCCACAGCCUUCGAAUGCUUUACUCGCUCGCAUCUCGAUAUUGGCGUCGUCGAGGUUGCCAUAACACGUAUCGGUAAGGACCAUCAGCAGUUUCUCGGUGAUACAUACGCCAAGAUUGCGUUUGAGAAGGCCGGCAUCAUCAAGCCUGGCGUACCUCUCACCUAUUAUCAGCAGCAGGAUGCACCGGAAAUCAUCCAUGUCAUUGUCCAGCGCGCACAGCAACUGCGCGCACCUAUUAUACUUCCACACCAGCUGCCCGAGCGUCUUCCCGAGGAGACCACGACCGAUUACAAAGAGCUUCAGCACCUCCAUGAUGAGAUGAAAUCAGUCGUCCGAGAUUAUGUCUUUCCGGGUCGACAGGAGCGGAUCUCGCUUGCCGCUUUGACAGGCUAUACUGGAGAAGUCCUGCUCGAUGGUGCCCACAACCAGCAAGGGAUUGAGCUGCUAGGGCAAGUCGUCGAUAGCCUCCGGGGCGCCGACCAGUCGAAGCCUAUCAUAUAUGUUACAGCCAUUUCAAACAGUCCAGAGCGCAAAGUCGAAGACAUCCUAAAGCCACUCUUGAGGUCAGGAGAUAGCAUCCUAGCUGUCGAGUUCGGUCCAGUAGCUGGCAUGCCAUGGGUUGAGCCACGAUUAUCGACAGACGUGAUCCGCAUUGCGGAAGAAUCCGGUACAAAACUCAAUGUUUGCCGCGCAUAUGGAAGGGAUAUCGCCAAGGCACUCCAGCAUGCGUGUAGGAGCGCGGAACAGCAGCUUGGAAGUCACAUUGUCAUCUGCGGCAGUCUCUAUCUUGCUGGCGAAGUUCAUAGACUGCUGCGAGAUGCCAGAAGAUAG